UGUGUCAAAACCUUGUCCGAGGUCAAAACCCACUGGUAGCCAUUUUGUUUGGAAAGCAAUAUAAAUAUAGGAAUAGACUCCAUGGGAAUAGAUAUUAAAAAUCUACAGUGAAAUGAAUUUAAAGUGGAUCAGUGUAAAUGAAAGGUUAAAACAGGGCAUACAGUUAAUAAAUGCUCUUUCAACAAAGACAUUCAAUUUGUUACUUUCCGAUGUCAUAAACAUAAAAGAAGGCGAAACCUUUACUGAAGACGAAUUUGGGAAACUGAAAGAAUCUUUAAAGUUAAACGACGACUCAUUGCAAUUGCUAAUUCAGUCUAUCUCCCACAUUUUUAAACAGUCUAAUAAAGUUAUAAUAAAACCCACUAUUCUUUAUAAACAACUUUGUGAAAAUAUUGGUUUAGAUGCUGCGAAAUGCGAAGAAUUCGUGAAGCUAUGGUGUAAUCAAACUAAUCAAGAUUUUGGUGAUUAUAGUGAUAGAUUAAAAUUAGAACACCUAACCUGGGAAUUAAAUAUACUGGCUUCUGAUCAAAUAAAUCCCAAACAAAGUGUCCCAACAGCAAGGAUACAACUUGAACUUGCAAAGUCUGCAAAUAGCAGUGAAAAAGAGAAAGUUGUAUUGGAGUUUGAUCAAUCAGAAUUAUUGCAAUUGUAUAGUCAUUUAGAGAAAAUACAACUUAAAUUUGAUAAUAUAAAUACCAUGUGUCAUUGAAUAGUUUGUCUUAU